UGGACUUCCGCGACUGCCAGAAGUAUGAGAUGCGUGUGGUCGUCUGGGCGACGAAGCUGGCUGUGAAGUGCGGAAGGGAGGCCUAGCAGGCAGGCUGAAGCCAUGGACAUCGACGCCGAACGAGAAAAAAUAACACAGGAGAUCCAGGAACUUGAAAGGAUUUUGUAUCCUGGAUCAUCCAGCAUCCACUUUGAGGUCUCUGAAUCCAGUCUCAGUUCGGACUCAGAAGCAGAUUCCCUGCCUGAGGAGGACUUGGAAACUGCUGCCGCUUCCAUCUUGGAAGAAGAAAGGUCAAGUGAGGGCAGCAGUGAGGACCCCAAGGACAAAGCUCUCCCUGAAGACCCUGAGACCUGUCUGCAGCUAAAUAUGGUCUACCAGGAGGUGAUCCGGGAAAAGCUGGCAGAGGUUAGCCAGUUGCUAGCCCAGAACCAGGAGCAGCAGGAGGAGAUCCUGUUUGAUCUGGCUGGGACCAAAUGCCCCAAGGUGAAGGAUGGCAAAAGCCUGCCUUCAUGCAUGUACAUAGGCCACUUCCUGAAACCAUACUUCAGGGACAAGGUCACUGGAGUGGGGCCUCCUGCCAAUGAAGAGACACGGGAGAAGGCUGCCCAGGGAAUCAAGGCCUUUGAACAGCUCUUGGUGACCAAGUGGAAGCACUGGGAGAAAUCCUUGCUCAGGAAGUCUGUAGUGAGUGACCGCCUGCAACGCCUGCUUCAGCCCAAACUGCUGAAGCUUGAGUACCUACAGGAGAAACAGAGCCGAGUCUCCAGUGAGUUGGAAAGGCAGGCCCUGGAGAAGCAGAUUAAGGAAACAGAGAAGGAGAUUCAGGACAUCAACCAGCUCCCAGAGGAAGCAUUGUUGGGGAACCGGCUAGACAGCCACGACUGGGAGAAGAUUUCCAAUAUUAACUUUGAAGGAGCCCGUAGUGCAGAGGAGAUCCGGAAGUUCUGGCAGAGUUCUGAGCAUCCAAGCAUCAAUAAGCAAGAAUGGAACACAGAAGAAGUAGAGAAGCUAAAAGCCAUCGCUGCCACACAUGGCCACCUGGAGUGGCAUUUGGUUGCAGAGGAACUUGGAACAAGUCGCAGUGCCUUCCAGUGCCUGCAGAAAUUCCAGCAGUACAACAAAGCCCUGAAACGCAAGGAGUGGACAGAGGAGGAAGACCACAUGCUCACCCAGCUGGUCCAAGAGAUGCGCGUUGGGAACCACAUCCCAUACCGCAGGAUUGUCUACUUCAUGGAAGGGAGAGAUUCCAUGCAACUGAUCUACCGAUGGACCAAGAGCUUAGAUCCCAACCUGAAAAGGGGAUUCUGGGCCCCAGAGGAAGAUGCUAAAUUGCUUCAAGCUGUCGCCAAGUAUGGGGCGCAAGACUGGUUUAAAAUCCGGGAAGAGGUGCCAGGUAGGAGCGAUGCCCAGUGCAGAGACCGCUACAUCAGAAGAUUACAUUUCAGUUUGAAGAAGGGACGGUGGAAUGCAAAAGAAGAACAACAGCUGAUCCAGUUAAUAGAAAAAUAUGGUGUUGGUCACUGGGCAAGAAUAGCUUCUGAACUGCCCCAUCGGUCAGGCUCCCAGUGUCUGAGCAAGUGGAAAAUCUUGGCCAGGAAGAAACAGCAUCUCCAGAGGAGGAGAGGGCAGAGGCCCCGUCACAGUAGCCAGUGGAGCUCCAGCAGCAGCAGCAGUGGCAGUGAGGACUGCGGUGGCUGCAGCAGUAGCAGCAGCAGUAGUGAAGACUCGGAUGUGGAGCUGGAGGAGUCUCUGCAGAACAGCAGAGCAUUGGCCCCUCUGCAGUACAGAGUGCCAGACAUUGACCUGUGGGUUCCUACCAGGCUGAUCACCAGCUGGUCACAGAGAGAAGAGACAGGGUGCUACCUAGUACACCGUGCUAUCUCCUGCUGCACUCAGGAUGCCACUCAAAAUCACCACAAGGAAGGUUCUACCACAGUCUCUGUGCCUGAGAAAAACCAGAUGCAGGUGCCCUGUGAGACCCACAGCACUGUUCCAAGAGGAAUCCAGUUCUUCCACUUCUCGGACACUCACCUAGCAAGUGUGAAGGAUCCAGCAUGCAAGAGCCAUACACUGGUGAAGGAAAGACCGAGGCAGCCACCUCUGCCUAAUUCAUGCUCAGAGUCUGACCCUGGAAACAAUAUGGCUGGGCCCUAUCUGCGGCGGCGGCUGUGGCAUGGAACUUUCCAGAAUAAGCAAAGACUCAAGAGACAGGCUCUACAUCGCAGGCUCCUUAAACACAGGCUUCUGCUGGCUGUGAUACCCUGGGUGGGUGACAUCAACCUGGCCUGCACACAAGCUCCCCAGAGACCUGCAACUGUACAGACUCAAGCUGACAGCAUCAGGAUGCAAUUAGAGUGUGCCUACCUGGCCAGCACUCCGGUGUUCACACUGUUUAUUCAGCUAUUGCAGAUUGAUACUGCAGGCUGCAUGGAAGUGGUUCGAGAGAGGAAAACCCAGCCACCUGUACUGUUCCAGCCUGGCAGCCAGAAUACCCAGCAGGCAUCCUCUAAUGCCAAGAACAGCACAGGCUGCCUUCUUCCAAGCAUGCCAGGUGAGCAACCUGCAAAGAGAGCCAGCCACAAAGGGCGUCCACGACUGGGAUCCUGCAGGGCUGAGGCUACCCCCUUCCAAGUUCCUGUAGCAGCCCCACAUGGCCUCCGGCCAAAGCCUAAGACUGUAUCUGAGCUGCUUCGGGAGAAGCGGCUCCGUGAGGCCCAGGCCAAGAAGGCCCCUCAGCCUCUCACUGCCCCCCACACCCAGCUGCUGUUCCCCUCACCUGUGACCCUCCAGCCCCCUCCACUGCCAGCCCCCCAUGGUGCCCCAGUAGUUAGCCCUGCGACAGCCAGUGUCGAACUCUCUGUACCUGUUGCCCCAGUGAUGGUCAAUUCAAGUCCUUCUGGCUCCUGGCAGGUGGGUGGGAUCUCAGCCACAGACAAACAGCCCCCCAACCUACAAACCAUUCCCCUAAAUUCUUCCCACAAAGGGACCCAGAUUGCAGCCCCUGCUGCUUUUAGGAGCCUAGCCUUAGCCCCCGGGCAGGUCCCCACAAGCUGCCUUCUGAGUACUGGAGGACAGAGCUCUACCACAUCCCAGAAGCAGAGCCUGCCCAAGGUCCUGCCCAUUCUCCCAGCAGCCCCCAGCCUUACUCAGCUGUCUGUGCAACCCCUCAGUCUACCACCAGUUCUUAACCCACCGGCAAGUGGGCAGCCCCUGGCAACCAAGUCCAGCCUGCCUGUCAGCUGGCUUCUCACAGCUCAGAAGCUGCUCCCUAUCCAAGCUGUGGUGGGCCUCCCCCAGUCAGUGAGGACCCCUGAAACCAUAGGACUACAAGCAAAACAACUACCUUCCCCUGCCAAGACUCCUGCUUUUCUGGAGCAGCCUCCAGCCAGUACAGACACAGAACCCAAAGGACACCAGGGCCAGGAAAUACCACCUACACCUAGGCCUGAAAAGAAGGCUUUGGACCUAAGUCUGCUUUCCCAGGAAAGUGAGGCAGCCACCCUGACAUGGCUGAAGGGGUGCCAAGGUGCUUGCGUGCCUCCACUGGGGAGCAAGAUGCCCUAUCACCCCCCUUCCCUGUGCAGCUUGCGAGCAUUGUCCAGCCUCCUCCUCCAUAAACAGGAUUUGGAGCAGAAGGCUUCCUGUCUGGUGGCCAGCCAGGCAGCUGGGGCCCAGCCUGAGCCCAAGGCUGGAGCCCUACAAGCUUCCCUGGAGCUGGUGCAGAGGCAAUUCCAGGACAACCCAGCCUACCUCCUGUUAAAGACUCGUUUCCUAGCUAUCUUCUCCCUUCCUGCAUUCCUGGCCACUCUGCCCCCCAACAGUGUCCCCACCACCCUGUCACCAGCCAUGGCUGUGGGUUCUGAGAGUGACAGUGAAGAUCUUGGUGACCUGGAGCUCAAGGACAGGACUCGACAGCUGGACUGCAUGGCCUGCAGAGUGCAAACAAGCCCGACAGCUCCAGACUCCGAACAGAGAACUCCAAGUCCUGGUGAGGCCUCUGCUCCCUCCCACCUGGAUGCUUCUGAUGACCUUGAUGACCUCGAUGUGCUCAGGACUCGGCAUGCUCGGCAUUCCCGGAAAUAGAAGUUGCUUUGACCAGCAAGGACAAGGACUUGAGGGAUCCAGAAACCCAAGUCUGACCAGAAGCCCACAACCCUCUGCAAGAAGAUGGGAGCCCAGAAAGCUGCAGGCCUGCAGAUUAGCUGUGUGCAGCAAGCAACAGGCUGUGAUGAUAGCAGUGGCCACCUGAUCACAGGCUUAACAGUUAUCAAAUGCAGAUCCACAGAUGUGAACGAAUAAAGUAAAUGCCUCCUUUUCAUUUAAAAAGCAA